AUGGCUGUCGCGGUUGAAAAUCGUUCGAGCAGGCGCACUCAGAUUUCUGAGCGCGUUCUUAGUGUGGCCAUCGGAACAGCUCUUCAUCCUUUACGUUAUGUCAAAGUUCUUGUCCAGCUCGGCAAUGAUCCAUACCCUAUCUACCGAAGCAAGGCGUACAUUUUUUUCGGCCCAUACAGAUACUUUUUGCCGAACGGAAUACAAUACAGUAGUUUAGGUCGUUACAUUUACCAAAAAGAUGGUUUUUUGGGCCUUUAUAAUGGACUUGGAGCAUCCAUUAGCGGGUAUCUGGUUAGCAGCCUCGUUUCGUCACGUGUUGCGCAAUAUCUCAACGAACAGUAUCCGGAUGAACCACCUAAAGCAAAUGAAUCCGACGCCGAGGCUUUCGGCCGCCAUGUGAAAAAGGUCAUAAAAGACACGUUGUCAAAAUGUGCGGGAACUGUCGCUGCACGGCCUUUUCAAGAAAUGCUUGUGCGUUCGUACAUUUUAUGCUACGGUCUUUUGCGGUUUUUGCUGAUUCUUUCUAUUGCUGUUUCAGUUGCUAUGAUCAGAUCGAUGGCUCAGUUCAUUGGAGGAGAAAGAAUGUAUUUGGGAUUGAUAUUAUCACUGAAGUCGAUCUACGAUCAAACCGGCAUCAAGGGUUACUUCUAG